AUGGUGGAGCGGUCGGACCGAGCCCCUCUGUUGGACUGGGAGGAAAUCCCAUCCGCGGAGAAACCCGGCGACGAUGCCCCGGCGGCGACUCCCUCCGAGGAGCGACUGUCGAGCCCGUCCAACAGCCGCGGCACGGCGGGAUGCUCGGGGUUUGGGUGGAGCAGCGGACCUGGGGGUCCCACUCCGCCCAGCAGGUCCGAAGCAGACGGCUGCAGCGCCCCGCCCGCGACCUCCAGCGCCCCGCCGGCGGCCCCGGAACGAGCGCUGCCGCCCGACGAGGAGGAGCAUCUCUCGGAUUCAGGGACGAGGGAGGCGUCGCUGGAGGACAGGAUGGUGAAGUGGGAGGAAAAGGACCAGAUUGUGUCUGUCUUUGUAGUUACAUUUAAUACCAGAACAGGUAACAUGUUGGAGUGGUGUCUACCCAAAGACAUGGACCUGGAGGGAGUGGAGUUCAAAGCCAUCGCCAGCGGCUCCCACCGAGUCAGCACCGACUUCAUCUACUUCCGGAAAGGCCGCUACUUUGGCCUCGCCUGCUUCGCCAACAUGGCGGUGGAGAGCACUGAGGAGAGGGGCGCCCGGAUGAAGUCGGUGGGGAUCCUGUCUCCGUCCUACACGCUGCUCUACCGCUACAUGAGCUUCCUGGAGCACCAGGUCAGGCUCCAGCUUCAGUCCCCAGGACACUACUCACCCCUGGAGGCCUUUUAUGAGGACAAGAGGGCGCUACUGCCCCCCAGUGGAGAGGAUGUUGUAACUGCAUUCCCAGCCAACGCAUGGGGAGCUGCGAUUAACCACAGCAUGCACCCUGAGAUGAAGAUCACUCAUCCAGCAGGCUGCAUGUCCCAGUUCAUCCGCUUCUUUGGGGAGCAGAUCAUGGUCCUUUGGAAACUGGCUCUCCUCCGAAGGCGGAUCCUCAUCUUCUCUCCUCCGCCCGUGGGUGUGGUCUGCUACAGAGUGUACUGCUGCUGUUGCCUGGCCAACAUCUCCAUCCCCGGUGUCGGCGUGGCAGUGCCAGAGUUCCGGCCUUUCUUCUAUGUUAACGUCGCCGACAUCAGCGCCCUGGAAAACGAGCUUUCCUAUGUAGCAUGUACGACUGAGAAGAUCUUUGAGGAGAAGAAAGAUCUGUAUGAUGUGUAUGUUGAUAAUCAGAAUGUGAAGACCUACAGAGACGGGCUGAAGCCUCUGCUGCGCCUCAGCGCCGCCGACAGAGAGAAGUAUCGCAAGCUCACCGAGCAGAGGCAGAUGUUGUUGUAUUCCCAGGAGGAAAAUGGAGACUGUGUGUCCAGCGAGGAGGAUCUUUUUAUUUUGUUUUUCCUGGAGCAGAACAACAGGAUUUUCCAGACUCUGAGCGAGGUGGCAGGGAGCCCGGAUCCCACCAUCACCCAGGACAGCGUGAAGGCCAUGGGUCUGGAUCCCCAUGGAGACAGACUCUUCCUGCUCCACCUGCUGGAAAUCUACGGCUAUGACAGUCUGCUGGUUUCAGAGCAGCUGUGCUGCAGCUGAGAGUUUUUAUUGUUUUGUUUUUUUUCUGUCUGUCAUCACUGCUGGUUUAACACAGGGGGCCUAUCUGCCUCUGAUUGCUGCACCACUGGCUUUGGGACACUGUUGAAGGCGCCAUGCUGUAAUGUUUGGUCCACUGAGGGUCUCCUCCAUGACCGCCAGAUCGUCUGAACUCAGUGGUACCGACAAAAACGUGGUAAAUUCUACUUAGCAGAGCCUUGUGGAGAGUUCCAUACAGCCGUUGGGUUUGAUAUCAAUACUGAGCCAUGGUUUUUUUUCCCCAGACUGUUUUAAACAUUUGACUAGAUAAACGAAAACCGAACCGCACAAACGUAUUAAGCCAGCAAGUUUUACUGUAUGAAAGGUAACUAGAGGUGGGCUUCCUGUAAAUAAGGCUGAUUUGUCUGUGAUCUGCGUGUCAGUGUAUGUGUGUGAUAUCAGGUCUGAAUUUCUGCCAGUGUUGCACUUCAUGUACCGUGUGCUGGAUUUUAAAGAGACACUUUUUUGCCCAGGUGAUCCAAAUUAGGGCUCAAGGUCUUUCACCGACACGUCAAACUGCCUUCGCCGUCACCACGUACGUCUGUAACAUCACCAACCAAGUGACAUUUAGUGACACAACGUAUGUCUGAGAGGAGAACGUUUUAAAGACACAAAGGCAGGUUGGUUCUAGAGAUAAUGUCGAUGUUUAUCUUUGCACUUUUAGACAUCAGGAGUAUAGCUUUGAGAUGAAUAAUGUCAACAUACAAGGCCAAUUUAGCUCCAUUAGGAAGAAUAAUUUUGUCAUUGACCAAAAAAAAAGAAAAGUUUUUCAGAGCAAAAACAAAAAGCACUGGAAGCAUCCAUUUCUAUUACAAUGUAAUGGAAAAAGUAGACUAUUUUGAAUGGAGCUACCGAGAUUUAUGUAGCUCAACAGCUCCCUCUGGCUUCUAUUAGAUGUAUUGCACGAUUAAGAUCUAAGAUGAGGGGAUAGUUACUGCAGCUUCUUUUGCGCUACAAGUAAUCUGUAAUAAUAUACAGUGCCUUGCCAAAUUAGGUGUACUCCUUAAGCGUUUCCACAUUUUGGUCACAUUACAACCAGAAACCUCAAUGUAGUUUAGAAGUAUUUUUAUGCAUUAUCUUCUUUGCAGGGUUAACACAAUAUCAGCCAGGAUGAAUGUGAGUUUUACCACAGAUUCCCGUAUAGAUUCACGUCUGGAGUUUGACAUACCUCCCCAAUGAACGAAUACAAUUGA